AUGAACACAAUUCACAAGAAAACAUAAUUUAGUAUUAAUUGUAUAAUUAUAAUAUUGCUUAUUACAUUAGUAAUUAAUUAAAUAAAAAUGACAUAUACAUUUAUUACUUAUUAUUAUAUGUAUUAUAUAUUAACAUAUUAUACAUAUGAAUAUAUUAAAUUUAUAAACAUGGUUAAUUAAAUAUUUCAUUAAAAUUCUUACCUGAACGUACUAUUUUAAGUUAUGCAAAUUACAAUGAUAACUUAUAUUAAAUAUUACAUACAUAAUAUGCAAUAUAACAUUUUGCUCCAUAUACAUAACAUAUAUUAUAAACGUAAACACAUUCGAAUCAACAAUACAUAAACAGCUAAAUAGUGAUAGGUUAUCAUCACUAAUUGUGACAGUUAAUACGAUUAAAUUGGCUCAACACGUCACUGUACUGUGUAAGCCUGAACAAUGAUGUGAGACAAUAUUACACAAACCCGAUAGAGGGCGCUCCUCUCUCUCAAGUUCAAGUUCAAAAGCAGUAUUUAUGAUUCAUCAGGAAUCGACCGGUUUAUGUUAUAACAUCAAAUCAUCCAGUGCCACCAUCUUAAAUACCGUCCAUUACCGUCUAAAAUAUACAUAAUUCAAUAUUUACACUGUGAUCAGUUAUGUUUGAUCUAGUUUAAUUAAGGUUGUCGCUCUCUCUAUCCAGAUAUUUCACGCAAGAAUGCCCAUAAAAUCAAUAAUAAUAGAUGUAUUGGUUUUAUAAUACAAGUAGAUGGUAGCUAAGCAUGCAAACAACCAAUAGCAUAACAUUGUAACAAAGGAGGACACAGCUAAUUUAUCAAAAUACCCAAUGCAAUUUCGAAAGGACAAAAAUCAAUCCAUUCUGAAAUCAAUAUAUCAGGUGGACGAAUAUAACAACAGAACAGAGGGUUAAUCAUCUGACCAUGACAAAAAUAAAAAGACUCAAGCUUAUACGUCGCGUUUGUGUUACUCGCCGUAUCCGAUCCGUGUCUCGCACCGCGCGACGGAUCACGCAAUAAUAUCUAUAGUGAUGAAAAAUCAAUAAACGUAAACACUUCUCUCAUAACGGAUGAAAACGUAUCCAACAUCCCCCUCCCCGUUCCUGCGCCAUAGGGAGCUCGAUUAGAAACUCGGAAACUCCAUCCCGCGUUUUCUGACUUGUAUUGAGGAUGCCACCUUGCUCUCAAUAAUUUUUUUCAGAAGCCCUAUUCAAUAUAUCGCAGGUUGGCGUUCGAUAACUCCGUUCCGCGCGCGCUCGCGCUGUUCGAUCGGCUCCGCUCCGUGUUUUGCGCGCGCUCCCCCGCCUCUCUCUCUUUCUCUCGCGCGCUCUGACAGAACUGAACUCCAGCCCCUCUCGCGCUCUCUCUAUCAGCCUUUCAUUCCGUCUCAAUAUGUCUCAAGAUGGCGGCCAAUGCGGGAUCGAUGUUUCAAUAUUGGAAACGCUUUGAUUUGCAGCAGCUCCAGAAAGAACUGGAUGCCACCGCCACAGCCCUGGCCAACAGACAGGAUGAAAGUGAGCAGUCCAGGAAAAAACUCAUCGACCAAAGCCGCGAGUUCAAGAAGAAUACUCCAGAGGAUUUGCGUAAACAGAUAGCUCCUUUGCUCAAGGGCUUCCAAUCUGAGGUUGACGCCUUGAAUAAAAGAAGUAAAGAAUCAGAGGCUGCUUUCCUCAACGUGUACAAGAGAUUAAUCGAUGUCCCAGAUCCUGUCUCAGCUCUGGAGGCAGCUCAGCAGCUCCAGGUGACUGUACGGAAGAUGCAUGACUUAGAGACAGAAAAUCAGAGGCUCAAAGACACACUACAAGAGUACGAACGUGAGAUCGCAGAGGUUAAAAACCAAGAAGUUACUAUUAAAGCACUUAAAGAGAAGCUGGAGCAGUAUGAGCGUUCUCUGCAGGCCAAGAACACAGAGGAACCUCCUGAUCAGGACCAGGACGGAACAGAAAGAGAGGAGAGAGACAACAAAGGGGAAAAUCUUCCUAACAACUAUGCAGACAAGGAGAGUCAGCCACAGCAGAGCCAGGAUAGCAGGACAGAGGACUUGGACAUGAAAACGCAGGUCUUACAAACAGCACUUGAAACAACUCAGGCAGAACUCCACGAACUGAAGACAAAAUAUGAUGAAGAAUCCACAGCAAAGGCCAAUGAGAUUGAAGCGGUGAUGACAGAUUUGGAACAAGCCAAUCAGAGGGCUGAGGCAGCAGAGCGGGAGGCGGUGAGUCUGAGAGAGCAGCUUACUUCAGCCAGCAAGUCCCCUCAACCAUCCAAUCAGAUCCAGAAAACACCGGAUACGGAGAAGUCUCUGGAGGCAGAACUGGGUGUGAAGGAGAGAGAGGUGGAGCGCUUGGCCGAAGACGUUCAGAAACUCCAGGCUAGUCUGGCUCAGCUCAGCGAGACCUCCACCAAUCAGAUCAGCCAGCUCGAGCAGCAGCUUAGCUCCAAAGAAGCCCUGCUAAAGCAACUUGAAGAAAAGCUUCAAGAUCAGUCAGACUAUGAAGAGAUCAAACGGGAACUCGGCACCCUGAAAUCUGUGGAGCACAAUUCGUCAGACCACUCUUCAGUACAGGACUCUUCCAAGCCGUUAGAGAUGUUGCUGAUGGGGAAAGACUACAGCCAGCUGUCAGACAGCGCUUUUAAACGACUGGCCAAUAGUGACUUCAGUGGAGCAUUGGGGCGGAAAAGUAAAGAAACCAGUGAGGAAAACCCUCAGCGUCUUCCUGCCACUCCGGUCCCCACCAUGCUCCAGGGGUCUCCUCCUCCCCCCUCCCCUCAGCUGCUGAUGAGGACGGGCACCGCUACCUCCGAAUCUGCUGCCAGUGCCAACGGUACCCACCCCUUCUCUCCCACAGGCAUUGGGCCAGACUUCUUCACCCCGGGCAUGGCCAGCGUGGGUGCCACGUUCCCCCCGCUGGCUGGAAAAAUGGCACUCAACUCCCUACUACAGAGGCAGCUCAUGCAAACCAUCUACACCAAAGCCCUUCAAGACCCCUCUCCCAGUUCCGUGCUGUUCGGGCCGCCCCAUUACGCUACAACCAACUCUCUCUCCAGCCCCCUACCGCCUCAGUCAGCGGGCAGCCCGGAGGUCAACGGUAUGGCGCCUUCUCCCAGCCAAUCGGAGGGCGCGGGCAGCACAUCGGAAGGCGAGGAAAUGGACACGGCAGAGAUUGCCCGACAGGUCAAGGAACAACUGAUCAAACAUAACAUUGGCCAGCGUGUGUUCGGUCAUUACGUCCUGGGUCUGUCUCAAGGCUCAGUUAGUGAGAUUCUAGCUCGGCCCAAACCCUGGAGCAAACUAACCAUCCGCGGCAAAGAGCCCUUUCAUAAGAUGAAACACUUCCUUUCUGAUGAGCAGAACAUCUUGGCACUGAGGAGCAUCCAGGGCAGACAGAGAGAAAACCCAGGCCAGAACCUGAACAGAGUGUUUCAGGAUGUUCCGAAGCGAAGAACCGGCUCGGAAGGCUCCACACGGCCAGGUAACAUCACCACACGCAUCCGCACAUCUGAGACCGGCUCCGAUGAGGCCAUUAAGUCCAUCUUGGAGCAGGCUAAGAGAGAGUUACAAGUUCAGAAAGCAGACGGCGUGGGGGAGAGGCAACGACGAUCAGGUUACCACAGAGGGUCGGGCAGCUAUUUCCAAAUAUAUGCACACAGUCUAAGACUUGUUGAAAGUUCUCAGCCUCCAUCCUCCUCCAGCAACUCCGAUGAGAACAUUCGCUCCAUUCUUGAGCAGGCUCGGAGAGAGAUGGAGGCCCAGCAGGUUUCCCUGGAGCCCGUACUGAAGGCCAGCUCCAUGGCCCCGACCGAUCUCUCACUCCUGGGCUCCAAGCUCUUGGGUUCCCCGCUCUCUACCUUGCCCUACACACCUAUUGCUCAGUCUCUGAAGAAGCCCUCCACUUCCCCUCUCCUGGACUUCCACACUGGGGUGAAGAAGGAGAUAGGUGAGGUGGCCGUGUCAGAGAUUGGGCUGGAUGGAGGGGUCAAGCUUGGUCGUCUCUCUGAGAGCGGAGGAGGUGUAGGUUUAGGUUCUUGGAGGGAGCACUGGUGGAGCUCUGGUCUCUCUGAACGUCGUGGAACCAUGCAGCCCACUGUAAGCGAAGAUGCCCACAGUCAAGAGGAUAGCAAGGAGAAGCUCCCUCGGCUGGGCAGCACUGCGCCCAUGGCUCCUGCCUCGUCUCUGGAUUACUGGAAGGACUGGCCCAGCUCAGAGUCGCCAUACUCCCAGAGCUCAGAGUUCAGUCUACAAAUGCCCAGUGGCAGCGAGACCCCUCAGAGCAGCCCACUGCCCUCUUCCUCACCUUUAAUGUCCCUCCCCAAAGUUGUCAAACCUGUGGUGCCCCCGCUCACACCCGAGCAGUACGAGUACUACAUGUACCAAGAAGUGGACACUGUGGAUCUCACGCAGCAGGUCAAAGACAAGCUGGCCAAGAAUGGCAUCUGCCAGCGGAUCUUUGGAGAGAAGGUGCUUGGCCUCUCUCAGGGGAGUGUAAGCGACAUGCUCUCUCGGCCAAAGCACUGGAGCAAACUCACGCAAAAAGGAAGAGAGCCGUUUAUACGCAUGCAGUUAUGGCUGAACGGAGAGCUGGGUCAGGCACUGCUGCCUAUGCCUGGACAAACACAAGAGAUUACUCCAAAGACCUCAGCCAGCUGCAGUCCUGCCCCAGAAUCCCCUCUCAGUUCGGCCGAGGAGUCUGUUAAAAGCCAGCAGGAGGAGCAGAUGUGCCGAGCGUCUAUCCAGGAGCCAAGUGAGACUUCCGAGUCGCAGCCCGGCACGCCUCUACCGUUACCUGUGCCAGGACAUUCGGGCCUCAGCAUUCAAGAAAUGGUGGCCAUGUCUCCCGAGCUGGACACCUACGCCAUCACCAAGAAAGUCAAAGAAGUUCUCACAGAUAACAACCUUGGUCAGCGUCUGUUCGGGGAGAGCAUCCUUGGUUUAACGCAGGGCUCCGUGUCUGAUCUGCUGGCCCGGCCCAAACCCUGGCACAAGCUCAGCCUGAAGGGCCGAGAGCCAUUUGUGAGGAUGCAGCUCUGGCUCAGCGACCCACGGAACGUGGAGAAACUCAUGGACAUGAAACGGUUGGAAAAGAAAGCUUACAUGAAGAGGCGCCACAGCUCCAUUGGUGAGAGUCAUUCACUGGAGAGCACUCUGUCAGGAAGUGACCUCACUCAAGGAGCCAGUCCCCAGCACCUCUCCCAACCACAGCAGCAGCCGCAACAGCCUCAUCUGAAGAAGCCCCGUGUGGUUCUUGCUCCAGAAGAGAAGGAGGCUUUGAAGAGAGCCUAUCAGCAGAAGCCUUACCCCUCUCCUAAAACCAUCGAGGAGUUAGCGAGCCAGCUCAACCUUAAAACCAGCACUGUCAUCAACUGGUUCCACAACUACAGGUAUCAUGAGGGUCUAGAAUGGUCUAGAUCAACGGUUCUCAACUGGUCUCGUAUCCGGCGAGAGCUUUUUAUCGAGGAGAUCCAGGCGGCGGCUGGAGAAGGUGGAUCCCCCUCAACACGACCCGGAGGGAAGUCCGGUGGCGAGGGAGAAAACAGCUGCGACGGCACGGAAUCCGACAGCACCGCGGAAGGCCGACCGAGUGGCUCCUCCGGCUCAGACGAGCGCAAGGGCCUCUUAGAGAGCCCUGGCUUCAGCCAUAGAGAGGAAGAGGGAGAGGAAGAGUUCCCCAGCGCCUCGGGCACCAGCAGGCCAAGAGCCGGUAUAGUAGACAGCCUAUUCGGCAUUCCCGAGUCCAUAUCAGUGACAUCCGCCACCGUAACCCCUUUGCGAAACCCCAAGGACAACAGUCUGCGCAAGAAAAAAGCAGCCAACCUCAACAACAUCAUCCACCGGCUGGAGAAAGCAGCAAAUCGCGAUGAACCUCACGAAUGGGAGUUCUAGAAGGCUUUGGUGUUUUUUUUAUUUUCACUAUGUCCCUCACUGAGCUUAGCUGGCCAAGCCUGGUGCACACACACCACAGGUGAACCCAAGUGUUUUCCAUUUGCUGUUUAGAAGUGGGCUAUCAUGGAAAAGAUGAGAAAAGAAAAAAGAAAACGAGUUUUAGCCUGGUUUUUUGUUUUUGUGAAGCACUUAAAAGCCCUGCUGGCCACAGGGCUGUAACACCAUUGGCUAAUGGUGAAGACACAAAACUGAAAAGCACAGGAGAGGGAGCAUUCCCGCAAAAUAUUCAAGACUGGCGACAGUCACAAAAAAACAAAAAAAAAACUCUAUAUAAAUAUUUACACACACACACACACUAUAUCACAUUGUCUCUAUUUCUAAUAGAGGCGUUCUCACCAACAAGCUGAAUAACUGUUACAAUAAUUUAUCAGUUCUCAAGACUUUUGGGAGUUUCCUCUUUUGUAUCACGUAUGCUUCAGCCUGUCAGCAGAGACUAGUUCAAACCGGUUUCAAGUCAAACAUUUUAAAGCAAGUGUUGGCUGAAGGAACACGGACGAACCGUCCCACACGCCUCUCCCUCCCUACCCCAAGAGGAGGCCAUCCAAUGGCUAUGCAACUCUAGUACGCAAUGGAUUCCACUGUAAUGGAACCAGCAUUAUUUUCACACUUCGGAAACUUCUCUUAGGAGAGAAGAAAAUCCUUUUUAUAGCAAUUAAGUUGCCACCAAGAGAUUGCACAGUCAGUUGACUCUAAACAGCACUCAUUUUGAAUUUACACACCUUUUGGUGAGCCAAUGGCCUAAACGAAAAAAAAAAAAAAACAGAACAAAAACACGUCACAAUAUUUGUCAGAAAUCUUCAUAAUUAAGAGUCCAAGUAAUCACACACAAUUCAUAUUAACUACUGUUGUAAGGUCGACAAAAUGGUCAUAAUGGGAGAGAGGAGAAAUUUCAUAAGAGCUUACUUGAUGGCUAAAGUGAUAGCGACGCGUCAAUUUUUAUCAUUAUUUAGGUCUCUUGUAAGGGUAGCGUUUGUUUGUUUUUCCAUAGCUUUAAUCUCCUCCUUGGCUUACGUUUUUAAGCUCGUUGGAGGUCUUGUUUAAUAAACUUCAUUUUAGGCCAAAACAAAGACUGAAAUAGUGAAGAAAAAAGGAUUUGUACAGUACUUUGAGUAAAUAUUCCUGACAAGAUAUUUUUUAAAGAGAAUGAGCAAGCCUGAUUUUUAUCCUCUUAUAAUAGUACCAUACAUCAGAGACCUCUAACCACAUUGGGCGGUUUGGCCCAUAGAAUUUAAAUUCUAAUCCAAUAUCUAUGGUGUUAUAAGUUCUAAUUCUAUGGUGUGGCCGUUGGCCACUGCACUGCACCAGGGUACCGGACGCUGAGUGUGCAGGAAAACCAACCUACCCCUCGCACUAGUGCAAACUCUAAACUUCAGGUUUUUCACCAGCUUCUCCAUUCACUGUUCACCCGCCCCAUAACAAGCUUUUCAUGGUAUCCUGAACAAAUCUCGUCCCUCGACAUUUAUCCUCCUAAUGACUGGGAAAAAAUGACCAAUUUCAUGUUACACCUUGAGCAAAAUGGAAAUAUUUGGUAAUUGUUGUUUUUUUUUUUCCUUUGCUUUACAUAACGGAGGACUCUGAGACUUUUUAAUGCAUACUUCUUGUGAUCAUUUAUGGGGCUGUUCAAACCAAGCGCAUUCUUGUGUUAAAAAAAAAAAGAGCAAGACCCAGCAUAACAAAUGUAAACGAAUUCAGGUGUCUCGAAACUUUUAAAUUGACAUGACACUGAAAAAAUUAACGCGAGACAAAGCAAUGGUCAAAGACGUCCGUUUAGCGGAUGUUUAAAGGUGCUGUACGUGAUUUUAGCUGUUCUACUUCAUGAGACUGAGCCGCUGAUUUAGCCAUGCCCCCUCUUUCAAAGAUACCAUUGAGACCGACACCGAAGAGAAUAGCAGCAUUAGUUCGUGUUCCCACAGUUUUCAAACACAACAGUAGCAACAUAGCACCCUCAAUUGAUUAUGAAUCUGAAUAUGGCAUUACGCCUCAAUGGUCCACUUCAACUACAACUAUACAACUAUAGCCAUUUUUCAAUUAUCGAGCCAGGGCUAUCAACUGGCCAGCUGGGGCCAAUAACCUUGGACCUCGAGCCGCGAGACCAAAAUCGAUCUGUAUUCCCACCAUCAGGCCAAUAGAUCCGAAGCAAACCCGGCCUUAACAUGCCGGCCCGGAAGUGACAGCGGAACACAACUGGCCCUGGCAUCAGAGGCGUAUUAAUGCAUGGGUUUACACGUUGCUGAAGCCCAGGGGCCCCAGCUCGUGGCAUCCGCCACCCCAUUUUACCGUAUCCAUGUUAUUGAGACAGUGCACAACCGUGAAAGGAGUCCGUAUAGUGCAUGUUCAAUGCACAGCAGUUCCACCAACACCAGCAACCGCGGACACAUUUUUGUUAGCUGUUUACAAAGCCAAGUGCUGUCACAGAGAACGGUGAGAUAUCUCAGGACACUUAUUUCAGUGAUAUCUUUCGCCAUUCCUUAAGAAAUCGCUUACAGCACCUUUAAAUAGAAGUACAGCGUAGAAGGACACAAAAACGCUUUGUGUGUGAACGACCCCAAACACAUAUGAUAAAACAUGUAGAUUGUAAAUGAAAAGCUCAACAUUUAACAUUAGUACCUAGAGGUGAAUCUGAAGUAGUAAACACACGAAGACCUGCCAUCACAUACGUCAGAGGACACAACAAAUUCUUGCAUUUAACCCAGCUGUCCACACCUCUGUUGAAACGUUUUUUCUCUCCCGACACCUUUCGAAAUCUGCUCACCUUUCACCUUUGUAUGCAGAUGAUUUUGUGACGCGUGCUUCUGAGAGAAACCGCAAAUGGCGGUGACAUGCACGUCUGUGUACAAACCAGUGUGUGAGGGUGUUUGUGUGUGUGUGUGUGUGUGUGAUUGUUGACAAGAGCGAAAUAUAUUUGUAUAUUACUACUACUGCUUGCCACAGGCAGUGCAAGCAAACACCUCCUCACGUCCCUAAGCUAUUUAGCAGUCCUGCAUCAUAUCACAUAGUACAUUUUAAGUUGUUUUUAUUUACACGCAUAAGAAAACUAAUGGUAGUUUUUUUUGUUUUUGUUUGUUUGUUGGUUGGUGUGGUUUGCUUAUUUAUAGAUGCUGUCUUUUACAUAUUGAUGUCUUAUAUUAUUAUACGUGUUCUUUUUUUGUAAUGGAAGGGACUAUAAAAGGUCAGGUUACAUAUUUUUAGACUAAUAGACUGCCGGCAGUAUUGGAUUACACUUAAAUGAUGUACUUUUGAUACAUGUCUAUUGAUUAAUUCUGAAGAUUAUCAUUUUGAUUAUUUUUUUUUUCAUAUAUUUUACUCUGUCAGUGAGCUGGAUGAACACAGUUACUACGUUGACAAAGGAAGCAGAACUAAAUGUAUUGCAUUAAUGAUUUUAAGUAGUAAGCAUUUAGACGUUUUAACACGAGAAAUCUUUAAAGAUGACAAUUCAUGAUGAAUUGUGUUUGGCUAUUUUCUCUCUACAGUUAAUGCUCUUGAAUUGGGUUCUCAGGUAAAUAACCUGCGAGCGAUCUGAGAUUACAUUUAUAAUCGCAAUCAAGCUUUGUUGCUACAAUGAGCCAGUGAACAACUGGUAGUUAACGUCACUGUCGCUUUGAGCUGCACCUUGAGGAAUUCAAUUUUUUUUUUUUUUUUAAGGAAUGAAAUUCACUUGAUGUUGUUUGGUAAUCUUGCAUUUGAAUUUUACGCCGGUGAAUCUUGGAGAACAAUGUCGGCUUAAAACUGCCUUUUGGCCUUUUUUAUGCGUGCCAAUGAAUGAUUGAUAUAAAUCAAAUUUUUCUCUUUUAGAGCUAAAAAGAAAAAGCACAGAUACCAAUGUUUUUAUCGAAAUAUACAAAUAUGUUUAAGCCUGUGACUGUUUCUCUAACUUUCUCUCCACGUCUAACAUUGGAGUGCCUUCACUGAAAACUGUUCGCCACUAAUCAUUGUCUUUUUCCAUUCCAAAUAAGUGUUUUAAACAGAUUGGAAAUAUUGUGCGUCAGAUCAUACCACCUUUGAGCAAUUUUUGCCAGCAAAUUAAUAAUAAUAAGGUCUCAUCUAGUCUCAGGUCAUACUAUUCUGUAAUUAUUAGGGUGUGUGUAUUGUUUUAUCAAAGAGAAAACAGCUGUCCCAGGAUUCAGGCUUGGUUAUUAUUACCAAAGUUUUUACAAUGGAAGUUUUGAUUGGUUAAAUUGUAGAAAUAACGCCACAUUUUUGUCCCAGAUGUCAUUUUAAUCAUGUCUAGGCAUUCGAUUUUUCUUUUACCAUUUUGUCAUAUUUUAACAGUAAGUUUCCCACUGGAAAUUCACAGAUGGAUUAGGUAUGUUGAAAUGAGUUGUGGAAUAUACUGUAGUGUGGACCAAAUUGUCAAAACAGACAAAUCAAGUUGAAUAUAACCAUAUGAUUUCAUUUGAAUAUACAAAAAAAAAAAAAAAAAAAAAAACUUAGUUGCACAUUCAAAUCUGGUCUGUUAAGAAUGCUUUAUACAGUAUGUCUGUCACAUUCUCAUCAAAACGUAACAUUUUUGUCGAUAUCAUGGCAUGAAACUCUUAGAACACUUACAAAUCUCAAUUCAGAUGUCCAGCACUUUGCUCUGCUUCUUUUUGCAAAUAUUUUUCUAUGGAAAGUAUUGCAGAUUAUCUAAACACAUCAACAUACAACUGCACAGAAAGCACGUUUAUAUGAUUUCUAAGAAAAAGAAAAAAAAAAGAAAAAAGAAAAACAAACAAAAAAAAGUUCAUCAUUAUUGAUAUUAUAUUGGUAGUCACGAGUAGCAUUAAUGUAGAUAUUUGUCCGUAGCUUAGUUCAGUAGUGAUGUCAUAAUUGUUACCUCGUUUAUUCCCUCACAUUUACAUCACUUCCUGAGACAGUAUGUUCUUUCUUCACCUGAGACAGUAUGUUCUGAACAGCCUCAGUUUGUUUCAAUGUAUCCCAGAUGGAGAUUUUUAUUUUUCUUCAAAGUUGUGUAAUUGUGUUACAUUUGAAGCAAACACGUUGAUUAUACAUCUGUCAAGUCGUUCUCAGCAAGAGCAACACUUUAUAACAAAAGUUAUCACGGCUUAUAUUGACCAACAAUCUAUGGAAAUGGGGUUCUCUCGGUUAUGACAUUCAGAUCUCUCUCCAUUGUGCUCUUGUUUGCUGUAUAAGGGUAAUGAGCCUUGUAUAUCGAAAUAUGACAGGCAGCUCCCAUCACAAGUUGGUAUCCUAUAGAUUCUCCGUAGGCCUCUCAAAGCUCAGGUAGAAACUCGGUUUAGCACAGUCCUUUUGUCCAUUAGUUUGUUGGUGACACUUUCCCCCUUACACCUGCUAAUGACAGUUGUAUGUUUUAUUUUUGUAUGUGUCAUGGUUUUGAACCACAAGGUGGAGCUGAAUCCUCCAUUACUGAAUAAAGACUCUUCCACUUUUUUCUCUUGAUAUGUAUUUAGUUUGGUUGUUUUUUCCUUUGUGUAUCAUCAUGGAGUCUUGUAUUCUGUUCCCAGCGCUGUUACAGUUCUAAUCAAAAAUGAAAAAAAAAAAAAAAAAAAGCAAUAUCACUGUUUGAAAUUCAUUAUUAUUAUUAUUCCUCAUUACCACCAUAGGUGUAUUAACUGAAGUAAAUAUCUUUUGUACAAACACA